CGGCCUGUGUGUGGAGCUUUGUGUGCGGGAGGAGAAAGAGGCGGAGGGAGCGGGAACGAGCAGGGCCGAGGCCGGGAACCAGCGAGCGCGAGCGGAGCGCCCCCUCUCUGCCGCCCCCUCCCCACCGCGCUCUCGUCGGCUUCCCGCGCGGCCUUGCGGCUCCGUGGCCGCCCGGGACGGCGGCCGUGGUGGAAACGGCACUAGGUGGAGGCGGAGGCGGCAGCAGCAGCAACGGGAACGUUGCAGAAAUUGAGGCCGGGGAUCGAGCGCGGCCUACUGCGGGGCCUGGCCCGCCCCCCUCGCCGCCGAGCCCGGGCCGGCCUGGCUUGGCGCUUUCCUGCGUGGCUUCAGCGUGUUGUGUCUCGGCUGGGAUCGUUUCGUUACGGUGGGGGGAUUUAGAAUGGAACAGACUGAAGGCCCUAUGAGAAAAAGGGAAAGCUAAGGAUGCUGGAGCAGAACAAUGGAUUUCUCCUUCUCUUUCAUGCAAGGGAUCAUGGGAAACACAAUUCAGCAACCACCUCAACUCAUUGACUCGGCUAACAUCCGCCAAGAGGAUGCUUUUGAUGCUAGCAGUGACAUCACUGAAGAUGGUAGACAGACACCAUAUGAAGCUGCUCUUGCCUUGCAGCAAGGUUUUCAGUAUCCUACGCCAACUACAGAGGACCUUCCACCCCUCAUUAAUGGAUUUCCACCAAUCAGCAUGUAUGAACCCCAAGCCAAAUACCAGUCAUAUAGUCAGUAUCCCAAUGGUUCAGCAAAUGGCUAUGGCACAGUUAGAAACUUUAGUCCCCCAGAGUAUUAUCAGAUGGAGAACUCUAACAUAAGGUCUCAUGACAUUCUGGAAAAACCAUCUCCUCCACAGCAGCCACCACCUCCUCCUCCUUCAGUGUCCCAAACGGUGAUUCCAAAGAAGACUGGUUCACCAGAAAUAAAAUUAAAAAUAACCAAAACAAUCCAGAAUGGCAGGGAAUUGUUUGAGUCCUCGCUGUGUGGGGACCUUUUGAAUGAAGUGCAGGCGAACGAGUAUGCGAGGGUAAAACAUGAAGGGAGAAAAGAGAAGAGGAAAAAAAGCGGCAAACAUGACUCUUCCCACUCAGAAGAGCGCAAAUCGCAUAAAAUUCCAAAACUAGAUCAAGAGGAACAAAAUGGCAAAAGCACAUGCCUAGAUUUGUUUUCCUGUACUCCCAGUGAGAAAACUGUGUGUAUGAAGGAGGCUGCAGCAGAGAGACCAAAUGAGAGGCUGAGCACACUGUCUGAAAAACCAAGGGAAGAAACAGUACCGUUGGAUGAAACCCCUGCCCAGGAGGAGGAGGAGGAGGUCUCUUCUCCUCUUCCAGCACAAACAGCAAGUGAUGACAAGUUUGAGGUGGGAGAUCUGGUCUGGUCCAAGGUGGGAACGUACCCUUGGUGGCCCUGCAUGGUUUCAAGUGAUCCUCAACUUGAAGUUCAUACCAGAAUUAACACAAGAGGUGCUCGGGAAUAUCAUGUUCAGUUUUUUAGUAACCAGCCCGAGAGGGCAUGGGUGCACGAGAAGCGGGUACGAGAGUACAUAGGACGCAAACAGUACGAUCAGUUGGUGGCAGAGGCUACCAAGCAAGCCAAUCACUCUGAAAAACAGAAGAUUCGCAAACCAAGGCCGCAGAGAGAGCGUGCACAGUGGGAUAUUGGCAUUGCCCAUGCUGAAAAGGCAUUGAAAAUGACUCGGGAAGAGAGGAUAGAACAGUACACGUUCAUCUAUGUAGAUAAAGAACCAGAGGAGGCUUUGUCAAAAGCCAAGAGGACUGUUGCCCCUAAAGUGGAGGCUAAAAAAACCCGGAGAUCUAAACCGUCACCUAGCCCUCAACCAGAACAGACCAAUGAGGUUUCUACGGUAACCUCCUCGUCUAAUAUCGAGGUGCGGAGACAUAGCCAGAGAAGACAGUCUAGCGUGGAAGAAGAGCCACCCCCUGUGAAAAUAGCAUGGAAAACUGCUGCAGCCAGAAAAUCCUUACCAGCAUCAAUAACCAUGCACCAGGGGACGUUGGACCUACAGAAAUGUAAUAUGUCUCCAGUUGUUAAAAUUGAACAAGUUUUUGCUCUUCAGAAUGCUGCUGGCAAUGGAAAGUUCAUUGAUCAGUUUGUUUACUCUACCAAGGGCAUAGGAAACAAACCAGAAAUAAUCAUCAAGGGGCAAGACAAGGUCACCUCCAUAUCUGUCCAGCGAAACGAGCGAACCUCAUCACAAAGCGCAGCAUCUCCUGAGACAUCUGGGUUGGCAAGUUCUGUAGAAAAGAAGCAACAGAGAAGAUCAAUACGAACUCGCUCAGAGUCUGAGAAAUCCACCGAAGUUGUGCCAAAGAAGAAGAUCAAAAAGGAGCAGGUAGAAACAGUCCCACAGACAGCGGUGAAGACUGGAUUGCAGAAAGGUGCCAGUGAGAUUUCAGAUUCUUGUAAGCCUCUAAAGAAAAGAAGCCGUGCCUCAACAGACGUGGAACUGACUAGCUCAGCGUACAGAGACACAUCUGACUCAGAUUCACGAGGACUUAAUGACUUACAGGGUAGCUUUGGAAAGCAGUCAGACAGUCCUUCAGCAACAGCAGACGCUGAUGCUUCUGAUGUACAGUCCGUGGACUCUAGUUUAUCAAGAAGAGGUUCUGGGAUGAGUAAGAGAGACACUGUGUGUCAGAUCUGCGAAAGCUCCAGCGAGCCUCUCGUGUCCUGUGAAGGCGAGUGCUACAAAGUCUUCCAUACAGAAUGCUUAGGGUUGAGUGCACAGCCUGAUGGGAAAUUUGUCUGUCAGGAAUGCAAAAAUGGGCAGCAUACGUGCUUUUCUUGCAAGGUUGCUGGCAAAGAUGUGAAACGCUGCUCUGUCAAUGCAUGUGGCAAAUUCUAUCACGAGGCCUGCGUCCGCAAGUUUGCCACAGCUGUUUUUGAGUCCCGGGGAUUCCGUUGCCCGCAGCACUGCUGUACUGCCUGCUCUAUGGACAAGGAUAUUCAUAAAGCGAGCAAAGGUCGCAUGGUGAGAUGUUUGAGAUGCCCCAUUGCCUAUCACUCUGGAGAUGGCUGCAUCGCGGCAGGAAGUUUGCUUGUGUCACCCCACAUUCUCAUCUGUAGUAACCAUUCCAAAAGGAGCAAUCACUCUUCAUCAGCUGUAAAUGUAGGCUUUUGUUUCGUUUGUGCAAGAGGGCUGAUAGUGCAGGAUCAUUCAGACCCCUUGUUCAGUUCAUAUGCCUAUAAGUCCCACUACCUACUGAAUGAAUCAAAUCGUGCUGAGUUGAUGAAAUUACCUAUGAUUCCUCCUUCUUCGUCAGCUUCCAAAAAGAAAUGUGAGAAAGGUGGGAAGUUGUUAUGCUGCGAAUCAUGUCCUGCAUCCUUCCACCCGGAAUGUCUGAACAUAGAGAUGCCAGACGGCUCGUGGAACUGCAAUGACUGUAAGGCUGGCAAGAAACUGCGAUACAAGCAGAUCGUUUGGGUCAAGCUUGGAAAUUACAGAUGGUGGCCAGCUGAGAUCUGCAAUCCAAGGUCUGUUCCUCUCAACAUACAGGGCCUCAAACAUGAUAUCGGGGACUUCCCAGUGUUUUUCUUUGGUUCACAUGACUACUAUUGGGUACACCAGGGCAGAGUAUUCCCUUAUGUUGAAGGAGACAAAAGCUUUGCCGAGGGGCAAACUAGUAUUAACAAGACCUUCAAGAAAGCACUUGAAGAAGCAGCAAAACGCUUCCAGGAGCUGAAAGCACAAAGAGAAAGCAAAGAAGCACUUGAGAUAGAGAGGAAUUCGAGGAAACCCCCUCCCUACAAACACAUUAAAUCCAAUAAAGUAGUAGGGAAGGUUCAGAUUCAAGUUGCAGACUUGUCUGAAAUCCCACGCUGUAACUGCAAGCCAACAGAUGAGAACCCUUGCGGCCUGGAGUCCGAGUGUCUCAACCGAAUGCUUCAGUACGAGUGCCACCCCCAGGUUUGCCCUGCAGGAGAGCGCUGUCAAAACCAGUGCUUCACCAAAAGACUUUAUCCAGAAGCAGAAAUCAUCAAGACAGACAGGCGAGGCUGGGGCCUUAGAACAAUACAGAGCAUUAAGAAGGGUGAAUUUGUAAAUGAGUAUGUUGGCGAACUAAUCGAUGAAGAAGAAUGCAGAUUGCGAAUCAAGCGUGCCCAUGAGAACAGCGUGACUAAUUUUUAUAUGUUAACUGUUACAAAGGACCGCAUAAUAGAUGCUGGCCCGAAGGGGAAUUAUUCACGCUUCAUGAACCACAGCUGCAAUCCCAACUGUGAAACCCAGAAGUGGACAGUGAAUGGGGAUGUCAGAGUUGGGCUUUUUGCUGUAUGUGAUAUUCCAGCAGGGAUGGAGUUAACAUUUAACUAUAAUUUGGACUGUUUGGGAAAUGGCAGGACAGAAUGCCACUGCGGAGCAGAUAACUGCAGUGGGUUCCUGGGAGUGCGUCCAAAGACGGCAUGUGCAACGGCAAAUGAAGAGAAGGCAAAGAACGCCAAGUUGAAGCAGAGGAAACGGAAAAUAAAAACAGAACAGAAGCAGAUGCACGAGGACAACUGUUUUCAGUGUGGAGAUGGGGGUGAAUUGGUCAUGUGUGACAAAAGAGACUGUCCCAAAGCGUACCACCUCCUCUGCCUUAACCUGACACAGCCGCCCUUUGGGAAGUGGGAAUGUCCGUGGCACCAGUGUGACAUCUGCGGCACCCCAGCAGCUUCGUUCUGUGAGUUCUGCCCUCAUUCUUAUUGCAAGGAUCAUGAAAAGGGGGCGCUUGUGGCCUCAGCCUUGGAUGGGCGUCCAUGCUGCUCUGAACACAAUCCUAAGGCCCCAGUGGCACCGGAGUACUGGAGCAAGAUCAAGCGCCGAUUGGAACAGCAAAAUCCCGAGGAAGAGUCGAAAGAAUAAACUUGUUUUUCAAAAAAAAACAAAGAACCAAACCAACAAACCCGCACCCCGCACCUUGAGUGCAAAUCAUUGUGAUUUUGGAUUCAGUGCCAUGGCACCCUCAUUUUGUGUCUUCAGAACUGCUUCCGUGAAACUCAAACAGGGACCAUCUAUUCCUGAGCAGCGGUGAGCAGCCUGUGGCAUCUGUGGCCUGUCUGUUGGCCCCCGAGUCUGUGUUUCAGGCUGUUGCAGGAUGGAAAGAAGUGUCUUUGCAGCCUUCUUUUCGUUCCUGGAAGAGGAAACCUUUCUGACGUUGAGGAAGGAAAAAAAAAGACAUCAUGUUAAAAAGUAUCUUCUUUGAGUGUAGAAACCAAACAUAGCAAGAUAUUUAUUUAUUUAAUUUUAAUGAACAUUUGCGGAUUUCUGGUUCUAUUACAGUCAGUGUGUCUAAAAGGAGUAGCAACGCCAGUCUGGAAUCUAUCUAUCUGCAUCUGUAUUUCCCCCCCCCAUCUAGCUUUAGAACUAUGAAAAAUAAGCCCUCUUCCCACGCCAGUGGCCUUUCAGAUAAAUCUGUUAGUGGGUAGAACAAAUGCUGAUUGUGGCAGUUGACAAGUAAGGAGAUGUCUUCAUUCCAUUAAGUUCACUGGGGACAAAGAGUUUUGAGACGGAAAAUUGGUGUAUGUCAUCUCACUUUGCAGUUAAAUUCCAUGAUGCCAGAGGGGGGAAAAAAAAGAAGUUCUCACACAAGAAAUGAAAUGUGACCCACUUAUUAUUGAAGUUUGUUCCAUUUGACUCCAUUUGCGGCAACUCCAAAAAAGCGUAAUUCACUGGGAGCUUCUUAUGUAUUGGCUUUCUAAAAUCCUGCUGCAUUUCAACAGAAUUUGUGCAGGAGAAGGUUGAGCGCAUCAUAAUCCCAUGGUAUUAAUGUUAAAAAGUUAGGCGGUUUCUGGAUACUUCAUGUUUUGCCUGGUCCCCAGUAUAAUUAUGCAUAGACCACUUUUCUGCCAUUGCUUGCAUUUUAGGGCAAUUAAGCAGAGAGGAUUUUAAACGGCUUUAUUUUGCCUUCUACAGUCUGCCAUGCUUUGAAGAUGAGAGUGGGAAUCUCUUGUCAUUUCACCGUGAGCUUGAAGGCUUUUCCCUAGCUUGGCUCUAACAGGCUCUUGCUUUAUGGAUCAUGUAAAAAGCAAGGCUUGUGCUCCAGACCUUUGGAUUUUCCACUAUGAUAUGCCAUGUUCAUUCUUUAACUUUUGGGAGAAAGAGUUUGUUUGCCGUUCAAUAUGUGGACUUUAGAUGGCAGCUCUGUGUUUGUUUGAUGGCACUUGUCCAUGAUCUAAUAGUUUAGUGGACCAAGCUUCGACCAAGCUUCAUCUUCUGUGAGAGGAAUGAGAGUCCUACGGAUGUUGUAUUAUUUGUCCUGGGCGUUCUGGAGGUCUGGAAUUGACUUUGUGUGUGGCUUGGUCAAAUGGAAUCUUCUUUAUUGAGUGAGGAUGACAGCCAUCUCAUUUGAACCCAUUAGUGUAUUUUAAAUGCAUUUCCUUAACUCGAUAUUAACAGCCCUUGCUGAAGCUCACAGUAUUGACAGAGCAGAGUGUAACUCCCAAAUAUUGUUUCUUUUUUGUUAGUAGUUUUUCACAACGAAUGCAGCACUAAAUUAAAUUUCACAUUUAACUUUCUCUUACUGGUUGAUAUUUCAUGAAGACACUUUGUAAAGGUAAUCCCCUGUAGAGGUAUUGGGUCAUUUCUGACCCAUGGGGUGAUGCCACAUCAUGACAUUUACUAGGCAGGUUUUGUUUACAGGGUGGCUUGCCAUUGCCUUCCCCAGUUAUCUACACUUUACCCCCAGCGAGCUAGGCACUUGUUUUACCAACCUCGGAAGGGUGGAAGGCUGAGUUAACCUUGAGUCGACUACCUGAAACUGACUUCUUGGUUGAACUACAAUUGUGAAUGAGUUACGAAGAAAAGCUCAACUUCAGACACUGAGUGACCAGUGCUAGAAAGCAAACAUUGGAUAGAUAUCCUGUGAUAACGCAAGAGGUUAUAUUGUUUAGAUUUUGCAUUUUGCAUUUUAAAUGACUAUAAUCUAAGGGCAAAGAAAAUGUCAUAUCUAGAAGUGACAUCUCCCCCCAGUUGUGUGUGCACGUGCGUAAAGUGCUGUUAAGUUACACCCAACAUAUGGCGACCCCAUAAGUUUUUCUAGACAAGAGACAAAUUGGAGAGUAAACCAGGUAUGAAGUACUUAAACGCACUACAUUUCUUUAAAGCCCCUGAAAAUGUCCUAUAGCUGCAGUUCUGUCUGCAGCCCCUUCUCCACCCCUCUCCACUGCUUUUACUUUAUUGCUUUAUCUCAUAAUCUCCUUUGAAUGGCACAGAGCACUAAAGCAAGCUGCUAAGCCUUCGAUUACACUAAGAAACUUUUAGAACACUACAUUUUGUUCUUGAGUAUUAAAAACUUAAUUUUCCGAAGGUGGUAUUUGCUAGCUUUUAAAAAUGUCUCUCUCCCCACUCCCAAGCCCAUUGCUUUCCUUGCUGCUGCAGUUCUUGUACAGUGUUCUUCCUGUUCCAUUCAGUCCAGUGGGCACAGAAUAUAUAGUGACUCUUUUGUGCUCUCCUCCAUACACUCCCUUGUCAUUGCACAGAAAGAAAAGUUGCAAGACCGUGCCCAGAGCCUCUCAGAGCAUUCUGAGAGGGCAAAUAGCCAGUCCCUAAGAUUUAACCAUCACGCGCAACUAACAGAGAUGGAAUUUGAAAUGUAGCAAGCUGCUAGCCUUGGGCAGGAUCAAGCUGUGUCACAGCACUGUGCACAGAGCCUGUUCCAUGUGUCAUGUGAGGAAGAGUAGAAGAGUUUGGAUUUAUAUCCCCCCCCCUUUCUCUCCUGCAGGAGACUCAAAGGGGCUUACAAUCUCCUUGCCCUUUCCCCCUCACAACAAACACCCUGUGAGGUAGGUG